AUGCCAAAGCAGAGUAGUGGCAAUUGGCGCAAAAGGCGUUUUCCCCCGCGCAAGAAGUUCGCAGCACCAAAGAAGACGUCAGAUGAAGUAGUGCGACCUGAGAAGUUGCCUCUCAGGAGUGCAAGUACCUCCCAGCCUAACUUCCCAGCAGCCCCAGCAGGACGGCAAGCCCCUCGGAUCACCCUCCCUCCAAGCCAGUCAACACCUCAUCACACCUCCUCUCCUAGCAGAAUCUUGAGUGCGGCUUUUGCAGCUGUGAAUACUCGCAAUCAACGCAAAUUUGGGAGCGGUAGCAAAGAUGCAAAAGAUACGUCUGAUGCGCUGGAGGAGUGGAGGAGUCGCAAUGGAGUCAAGCCAAAAAUUGUGCUAAGUGCGGCUGAGCGAGAGGAGAGAGGACGCUGGGCAUACAGUCCCGACGCUCCUAUCACACCACAUGCCGCUACUCGGGGACCAGAAUGGCUCCUAAAUGCCCUGUCUGAGCACUCAUCUCAAGCACCUUUGGGCAUACAGUCAUCGCCACCUCGCUCCCUUGCUCCUAUCGGCAGCAUCAGCACGACUGUCAAGAGUCCCUUCUCAGACCCAGGCGUCUCCACCGUGCGACAUAGCCAACGACCUACCCCUCCCGCACCUUCUGUGCCGGGCUUUCUCGGGGCAGACUUGGUGGCUCACCACUCUCCUCAGACUAUGCAGACAGGACUGCCUUUCACGCCACCUACUCCAGCAGCAGCUCUCAACGGCUUUGCCCAUAAGCCCUUCGCACAGCCCGCCAACGGCAUUCUUCGUCACAAUAGCAGCGUAAUCUACACUGAGGAUGAGACGCUGGACUGGGAGAGUGCCCUGCAGCGGCCCUCGAGAAGCGUCACUUUCGACCUGCCAAACUUUCUAAGCGACGUCAGUGCAGACCAGAAAGGAGCGGGUGGUUUUGGUAGAUGUCUCCAACGAGCCAGCAGUGCUUUGGACAAUGACACUUCCCUUGCCGAGGGCUGGGCCGCGCAAGAAUUGGAUACAAACCUGCCACCACUGUCAGGGGUGAACGAUUGCGGAAGCGUAGACCAAUUGAGUGUGCCCUCUGGCAACGAAAUACACUCGGAUACACUGCUGUUCGGACAGACUCUGCCGGCCAACGAUGUAUGGACGCAAGAUGCAGGCUAUGCGGACGCAGAAAAUGCAGUGUACAGGUCUCCGUCUCCUGACCUUGACUAUGCACCCAAUCACGAGGUGGACUUCGGCGAAGAAGGCAUGUAUGACCCUCUAUCUGAUACCGGCGAGCAUUGGUAG